GAUAUACCAUGCCAAUAUCCGUUCUAUCGAUGAAGUAGUUCAUCAUUUACAUUUGUCUUGAGAGUAAAGGUUAGAGGUUGAAGUUGAAGCUGAAGCGUCUAGCAACAGAUGCGCCACAUGUGCGAGAAGGUUGGAUUAUUUAAAUCAUGGCUGCCAUAUAUUCUGGCAUCCAUCUGAAACUUAAGAGUCCUCAAACACCCUGGACGGAUAAACUGAAGCUCGCUAGAUUUGCUUGGAUCUCACCACAAUGUGUUCUUCCAAAUAAGGAACAAGUUUUAUUUGACUGGACCAGCCAUGCUCUCACUCUCUUUUAUAGCAAGAAAAUCGACUUGGCACAAAAGGUGGUGGAGGGCCUCUGGGUUUACUUUGAUGAUAUCAUACACAGCAAGAAACUACAGAAUGUCCUGAGUCAGGGAAAAACCAUCAGCUUGCGGAUAGCAGUGGCACAGGUUAUUAAUGACAGGAUCCUUGAGUACAGCUCCGGCCAGUGCUCUGUCUCUCUCGCCACUGUGCUGAGCUGCCUGCGUGGCAUCCUGUCCUCGCCCGUCCUCUCUGUCACCUACACUGCCAAGUACGAGCUGCUGGGGGAGCUGCUGGCCAGGCUCAGCCAUCUGGCGUGUUCCCGGCUCAGCCUGCAGCACAGUGGGGAGCCCCUGUCAGCAGGGGAGUUCGAGAUGCUGCUGCUGACACUGAGCACCUACCUGACAGUUCAGAGACAACAGGCCAAUGCCAACCGGGUGUUCACCCAGGUGACGUCUAACCUGCUCCAGCCUCUCCUCGUGCUGAGGUACCUGCUGUCCUCCAGGACAUGGUCAGAGGAGGAUGGUGAGGUGCGGCUCAGGCAGCACGUUAGCAAGGAGAUCCGCAGCAAGGUGGAUGCUGCCCUGCAGGUGGCGCUGUUCUUCCCAGACAACUUGCAGGCGUACAAGGACGAGCUCCUGCUCUCCUCAGGAGAGGAGCCAGCAGCGGGCAGAAAGGGGCGCGCAGGGAAAGGCUUGCCCUCCCCACUCAGCACAAUCCUGGCAAAGCUCUGUGCUCCAGGCUCCUGUGACCCGGCGGUGUUAUACGCGGUGGUUUCCACCUCACUUCCUUUGCUCUUCAAAUUCGCGUUGGAUGCCUUCUGCAAAGGUGGCGACAACAAGCUGGUCUGUUUCCACCUUAUGACAAAGUUUGUGUCCGCCCUGGACUUCACUGAAGACUUGACUCUCAAAGACACAUUCAAUGCGGGGAACUGGAACCUCGUGCUGCUUGCUCUCGAGAACCUCUUGAACAGCUGCUUGAACGGUGACAUUUACAAUGUGGCAGCCGAUCGAAUCCAACACGAGGAAGUGCAGCUGAAGUUCUACCGGAAACUGACCCAGGUCCUGUUCAACAACGCACAGACUGCUACGCCAGCAUGGUACCGCUGCUUGAAAACCCUCCUGGCGCUCAACCACAUGAUCGUGGAGCCAGACCUGGAUGAACUGGUCUCCUCCGUGUGGGUGGACUCAGACUGCACAGAGCCCCGCGUCCGGAAGGCCCGGGACGCCCUCAUCUCAGCAACCCUGACCACCUAUACCAAGCUGCGGCAGCUCCCCAGGCUCUUCGAGGAGCUGCUGACCGUAGUUUGCAGGCCGGCCAUGGACGAGCUGAGGCAGCCUCUUGUCUCUGAGACCAUGGAGGAGACGCUCGCCCUCUGCCUGCGGGACACCCCCGGCAGCCAGAGCCUGGAGCUCUGCGAGCUCAUCCUCGAGAGGAUCCGGAACGAUGUGCUGCCGGACAUCCGGGAGCAGGACGGGGACGCCGCACUGAAGAUGUUCUCGCUCUGCGUGCUCCUGCACGCCGUGCUCUUCAGCCUGAAGACCCUGGACAACGGCACGCCUUUGCCCCUAGUCAGGCAGACACAGAGGUUCAUGGGAGAGAUGCUGGCCACACUGAAGUCUCUACUGGAGUGGCUCAGAGAUGUGCCCCUCUCGGGUCAGAAGGUCAGAGAGUCGGGGCUUUUGCUCACCUACACCUGGGUUGAGAUGGAUGCCCUUUUCCAGAUGCACUGCAGUAAAUACUUUCUUUAUGGAGACAUGUCUAGCAGUGAGGUCAAAGAUGAAAGCCUCUGGCUGCUCUCUGAAGUGCUAGUGAAGGAUUGGGAUCAGGCUGCACUAGAGGGCUACAGCUCAGUCGGACAGCUUUUCCAGAAAUUUCUGGCCCUUCAGAUGAUGAAGAAAAUCAUUCUGAGGAGCGACUUCGCCUCAGAUAGUAGUCACUUGGAUGUGCUCCAGAAUGCCACCCAGUUCAUAGUGGGAAGAGGCGAAUCGUUGCCUACCCAGUUCGACCAUUUGUGGGAUCUUCAGAUCAGCAGUGUGGAUGCUGAUAGUUAUCCAGCAGCUCACUGGCUUCUGGUGACGACCAACUUGCAUCUGAUCGCUCCAUUCCUCACAGACGAAGACACGGCUCAUUUGGCUACCCUACUCCUGCAAUCAGUGCUGCAGAGAGAUGCUGAGGCAAAAGGAGACAAGCAGGGACUGUCUGUUGCGAUCAUCUCAAAACAGCUGUUGGACAGUGUGGUUCUUAUUGAGUUGCCUUCUCUUUACUCUGCUGUCGCGAGGAGCGUCAUGCAGAGUUUGACGCAGACAAUUGACACCCAGUGUGUUGGGAGCGUUUGCCCAUCGCUUUUGAAACCUGUCGAGGAGUUUAGCAGGGAAGGGUGUGACAUGGAGGAAAUGACAAAUGAGUCUGCCGGUGACGGAGGUGUGGAUCCGGCAGUUGUGAAGAGACUGAAGUCUGUUGCUCAGGAGAUAUUGACGACAGUUGUGUCGGGAUCACCGAUGGAUCUCUCUGUGGCUCAAGUCGACAACCUUUUGAAUUUAUUCAAGGUCAGCAGUGCUCUAAAUGUGGAUGGAAUGUCCCUGAUCGACUACUCCGAGCUCUUCCUGAUCUCCUUCAUGAUGGCAACAUGCACUCAGCCUUGUGGUGAUGUGGAGGUCUCUGUCAAAAUGGCCUUACUUACAGACGCAUAUAAUCUCCUGACCUCCCUGCUGAGCGCGAGAAAUGCCCAGUUUAUCUUGAAAUUUGCUCGCGGAAGCAAACUUCUAGAGGGCGCCGUGGCCUCACUUCUCUCCCGCGCUAACAAGGGCCUGUUUGAAAACGUCGGCGCACCGGACUGGUCCUCUUUCUUGCAGGCAGUGCACUGCUUUCUCCAGCGCCUGCUCGACUUGAUAAUCCAGCGCAAGAGCAGCAUGCGGCUCAAUCUGGAGCAGUUUGCCUCCUUCCUCCUGGCCCAAAGUGAGGCAGCCAUGACGGCGACAGCUGCCUCCGGUGACUCGGCGAGGCCGGACCCAGCAAGCCUUUUAUCCCUGCAGCUGUUGCUCGCCUCUCUCAGCACUACGGGUGACGUCAUGACCUCCAGCCUGGGCAAGGGCAAACAGCUGGACCAGACGCUUGUCCAGCUGUUGGGGAAGAUUCUCACGUCAACGGGACCUGUUGUCCAGGCGAGCCUGAUCAGUGGGGCGGCGGGCCAGGCCUUCUCUGUGGAUGUGGUGGCGGGGAUGGUGCGCAGUGAGCUGGCCUGUCUCUCUCAUCAGGCUGCGGAGGGGGGGCCAGAGGCGGAGGGGCCCCCAACACUCAUCCACAUGGGGCUGUACCGAAGCUGCAGCCUGCAGGUCCUGAAGGAGCUGUGCCUUGCCCCGCGCCCGAUAGACUUCAUACUGUCAUCUCUGCACUUCCUGACAGCUUACUACAGUGCCGCAGAGAGGGCCAAUGAGCCAGGCAUCGAAGAGGUUUUUGUGGACAUUUUGCACAAUGUUCACAAAUUACUGUCAGUUUCCUGGUUGUCUCAGGCAGAGCUGAAGGAGCUGCAGAAUCCAGUGAGGAGUCUGAUUGGUCAGCUGGUGGCCACAAGUUCCCUGGAGCGGUUCAACCCUGUCCUGCUGCUGCUGAGGGAAGGCCUGGAUGUGUCAAAGAUCCCUAAGGGAAACCACAGGGAGGUUUUCUCUGCGGUGACCGUCACCAGGCUUCUCGCCAAUUGUGAGCUCCCAGAGUCCUGCUCAAAGGCAUUUUGGCUCAUCGCCCCCCAGAUCAUUUCAGCCAUGGUUUUUGUAGUGAGGGAGUCUGGGAAGGAGACCUCGCUAAUCUCUACUCUGACCAUACCGGCAUUGGAGGCUCUUUCAGUUCUACUCCGUCAGGGGGAAGGACUGCUGUACAACCCACAUCAUGUCACUCUUGCUCUGGGAGCCACACAGUUUGUCCCUCUGGAGCACCUGUCCGUACAGGACUACCAUGCAGCCUUUGAAGCCAUCCAUGAGGUGCUGUUCGCCAUAAUCCAAUGUCAUACACAGGUAAUGCUGACAGCAGCUCCAGCCUUCCUAAACUGUUUCUACAGACUGGUGGCCUCAAUUAUGUUCGAGGGAAAACAGAAAGGAGAGCUGGAGAGAGCUUCAGAGGACGGCAGAGAGCUUUUGAAGUGCGCUCGACUGGUGGAGAGAAUGUACUCGCACGUCGCUACCACCGCCGAGGGCUUCACCGUCCUCUCGUCCUUCAUCGUGGCGCAGUACGUCAGUGAGCUGCAGAAGGUGACCCUCCGGCCAGAAAUCAAAACUCACCUGACCGAAGGCAUCUACAACAUCCUCGACCUGUGCGCGGAGCGCGACAUCAAGUUCCUGAACACCACCCUGCCACACGGGCUGAGAGAGGUUCUCAAUGAGCUCUACGGGAGUUACCAACACUACCACAAGGCCCAGAGACAGGGGGAGGAGAAGUACACGGCAUGAGAAGAAUGGUUAAGUUACCACACAGAACUGUAUUGUGAAAAUCAUGAACACAUUUAACAAUGUAAAUAGCAAAUUUAACAAAGUAUUACAUUUUUUUUUUUUUUUAUGUUAUAUGUAUUGGUUCAGAGAGACAUAAAUAUGUCUUUUCUCCAAUAAACCCAUGCACUUGAAAAAUGUGCACAUGCUGUUUUCAUUCAGAGUGUGGUUAUUUGUUUUUUUUCCCCCUCAGAAAUGGCCCAACAAUGUGAUUGCAUCUGGAGAUUGUUUCCAAAUGAGAGAACAAAGAGGUGAUCCUCUUAAUCCUUCACAGGGCAGAGACACUUCAGUACCAAACUCAUUUAUUCAGUCUUUACAGACAAUUUACCUCUGCAUAGUUAAUUUAGUAGUCAUUAGCCAUUAGCCAUGUUUGAGCCAAUUGUAUCAUUACUUCCCCAGUAUUUCCUGAAUAUUGACACUGAUAUGAAGUGUAGGAAUUUGCAUAGCAGAAUGCUGCACAAAGGGAGCUUUUGGUCUGCUCCUCCAAGGAAUAAUGUGUUAACUCAGGGAUAAUAUUUUCCCCUAUUGUUAACUUCAUACAAACUAUUUAUUUCAGUUUACAUUUGAUUUGGGUAUCCUCCAAGCUGAAACUCCCAUUCUUGGAAUUAAGAAUUGAUGGAAUGGCUUUCCUAGGAUGCUUUGAAUUCUUUAGUGUGAAACACCUGAUUGGCUUAUUUUGUGAAUACAUGAAAGCCUUUAUAUAUUAUAUCAUAUUAUAUCACCUCUUAUGCUCAAAUAAACAGUAAAACUGUAUGUCUGUGAAUUUACAGAGUAUUGUAGAAUAUAAUAUUUUUCCUGUCUGCGUCUGUCCGGCACAGCCGGAUAAGAUCAGUGUAGACAUUUUACACAGUGUAGACACAAGACACAUUUUACUUGCCUGACUAUUGGCACAGCUGCUCAAGAUGCCGUCACAAUCUUUUUACUCACUUAUAGGUUCUGAGCUUACAGCAGGGUCUUGUGUGAGACCAGCGCAACUGCUUGAGCAAGGAACUAGGAACGCCAGUGCCACGUUGUUCCUAAGGAACUAAAACGUACACCACCUCUUCUAGGAAAGGAUAAAUGUGUGUGUAUGGAAAUUACAGGAUGGUCUGCAUCUCUAUGAUUAGGGAGGCAGAGUGACUCCGAUGAUGAUGAUCAUGAUUAUGGAGUAAGAGUGAGUCAGCUUUGGGGAGUAAUGAGCCAUUACCAGCUCAUUUCUUCUGACUCCCCUGCCUUUACCAAAGAAAGAAACCAUCCCUCCCUCAAGCCUCCCAGGCCUUCAGCACAGUAAAGAUCUCACAGUGAGAUUGAAAUAACUACUGCUAUCUUACCCUCCUGGGUGUCCCUGAGCAUUGGAGACCCAGAAGGUGUAUUUGAGGCCUGGCCUGGUUUUGUGUGUGUGUGUGAGAUGUAGAGAGAGAGCGAGAGAGAGAGGUGUAGAUUAUUCUCUGGGCUUGCUAAUGAGAUGUCAGCGAACACUUAAAACAAUCGCUCCUAAUCUCCCUCUAGGGGCACCUGUGAGAUGGGGCCUGUGGGUGUAGUGGGGGAGCUCUACAUUACUGGCACACAGUGGUGCCUUCUUCCCAUUCCCGCUUCUCUUGACCAGUGAAGGCAAACAGACAUUCUGUACCCAGUGCAGAAGAACAGAAAAAAGGGGGUAGUGUUGGGGGUUAUUAUGUAAUCUACUCAAGGCUUGCUGCAAGAGAGUGAUCUAGUUGGGGAUUUGGGGUGGGUGUGUAUGUGGAAGGGAAAGAGAGACAUUGAGAGAGAUGAGGGUUCAGUGUGUGUGUGUGUGUAAUAGAGAUGUGGGUUUAGGGUGUGUGUGUGUGCUUGCUUUUUCCUCAGCCUGGUUCUUGAGCCCCUCUCCCAUAUUUCCUGCAGCUGCACAAACUGGGCCAGCUCUGAGCUCAGCCAUAGGCCCCUCGGAGUCAGUGAGCUGAGUGACAUGGCGAGCAGCUCGGGGGUGUGUAGUCAUAACACCGCAGACAAGGGGGAUAGGGGGGGGGAAUGUGUGUGAGUGUGCGCGCGCGUGUGUGUGUGUGUGUGUGUGUGUGUGUGUGUGUGUGAAGGCGAUAGAUUGAGUGUGGAAGUCCUUGGUACAGUAUACUGAGCCGUAUAGAUGUAGAGCUAAGGAAAUGACGUCGGUUCCUAUUCCCCUACAGCGAUUUGAGCGUCAUAGUCUAACCAACCAUUUUGUGCUGAAGAGGGGCUACAGAGGACUGUACUCUUGGCUCUGUCCACUUUUAUGAGAUACAAUUAAGCAAGCCACUCCUCAGACAUAGCAUUAAAUCACUGUGUGUGUUGCUCACAGACCUUAUAGGUUUUCUUGAACUUUGUUCCUGAUAAGGAGUGAGUUAUACUUGAAAACUGUAAGGCCGCACAAAGUAAAAUGAUUAAACUGAGAGUGAGAGUAAUACUCGUCUUAAAGUAGGCAGAAUGCAAAGUACCAUGUCUUGUCAAAGAUGUGAUUGCAAUACCACUGGAGUGGAAAGACCAGUGGUGCUGGUAUAUUUUUACUCAUGUAACUUUAAUAAUAGAGGCUUCAAAGACUUUAAUCAAAGACUUGUUUGAGGUCUAGUUCACAGAAAACUGCCACAAAGGUUUCACUGAUGUAUAAAAAUUCAAUCAAUCUUUCCAAAUGUGCUAAGUGGUAUGCAACCCAUCUCCUUCUGUUAAAUUAUGAUACAGGUCAUAAAAGGCUGAUGGGAACUUCUGUGUGACACUUUUUGCAAUCUAAUAUUUCUGAACUGUGUUUGGUCGUAAUGCACUUUCAGCCUGAUACUGAAAGGUGCAGCGAUCAGAGCCAAAGUGAUUGCUUUGUAAUGCCAGACUUGACAGAGCCACCAGCUGCGUGAAACCAUUUUGGGAACAGUUAUCAAGCAGGAUUGAAAUGCCAUGUAGCCUAAUGACGCCUAUAGCUAGAGACAAACUUGACUUUUGCAGAUAAGAAAUUGUUGAUGUUGACUUAAACUGUGGACGCAGUUGUAUAACAUUUUCACCUGCUAUCUGAUUAUGAUACAGUUCAGUCCUAAUGCUGAAAUGUCACACUGACCUGGGCUCUAUGCAGACCUACGUCUCAUCAUGUGGGUAAAAAGAUUGUGACGGCAUCUUGAGCACCUGGUUAUCAAAUGUAAAACAAAAUAAAUUGUUUGUAUGACGUUAACAAUAGGGGGGUAAUCCCCUGCUAUCUGAUUAUGAUACAGUUCAUUCCUUAUGCUAAAAUGUCACACUGACCUGGGCUCUAUGCAGAUCUACGACUCAUCAUGGAACUAGGUCAGCCUUAGACCUAGAAGUGUGAUUUUCAAUUUAGUUUCCUUUAGAUAUUAAGUGAUAUUUCAACCAAUCUUCAUUACCAGUAAGCAGCGUUGUUUCCUGUUUAGUAAUAAUAAAUUAAACAAAAUUUGAUAUCUCACAGACAAGCACAAAUUGCAUAUGGUCUAGUGUGCUCCGCUGCUUUGGUCUAGUCUGAGGCAUUAAUAAAGUUUCCUUUCAUCAUCAUUUUCACCUCACCCUUCACCGGGUUGAGCACAGCAUUUCUAUUCUAAUGUAUGAGGAUAUUCAUUCUUCGUCUCACCAUUUUUAAAAAGGCUCCUUUUCCAAAGGAUUUCCUUCAGUUAGAAAGCGAAUGUGUCCUAUAGAAGUCUGUUCGCUGGUCUUUUCACCACCACCACAACUAAUUAGGCGAGUACCUGCAUUUUCCCCCUCACCUACCCCCCUGGCUUCAACAUUAGCGAGAAUCACACCUACAGAGACUUGAUUCUUUGGCUGGUUCCUCUGAGCGAUGCUGAGGCCGUGGCCAUCUUGUGAUCAAAACCUGCUUGGCUUCAUUUUGAAUUGAGAGUGUUCAGAGCCUAGCCCACUUUGGAAGGCUCGUGAGGAGUGUGUGGAGCUUGUCCGCAGAUGUAGAGACUCUUGGUUCCUCAGCAGAUAAUGAGUUGCAGGCAGUUCUCAGCUUUGCUUGGAGCCCUGCGGGGAAUUGAGGGGGGCAGACUGAGACAAACUGUCCACAGCAUGCACAUCGCUGAAACCAAUGCAUAUGAUCGUUGCUCAAUCAGUAUUUUGAUGUACAGUUUUAUGCCAGUGACUACUGAUAUAUGACACUGUAUAUUUAUGACAAAGAUGGCUUGAUCUUACCAUCUAGUUACCUACUGUUUUAAUCAAAGGCGACUGUUUUAAUCAAUUGACUAUAGGCUUUAUGAUGUUUGCUAGUGGAAAUCACCUUGAAAGAUUUGUAGACUAACAAGCUUCACUGUUUAAGCCAUGUCAUGCCAAGUGUUUGUGUAGCUUCCUGGCUUGUGUAAGUAAUCUGUGCUUAUGACCAGUCACCAGUCUCAAAAUUCAUACAAAGGAAAUAUCUAUUGCAGAGAGAGAUUUUCAACUCUCCUUUGAAAACUAGCAAAUAGUAAAAGUAAUUUAGGGGUCCGUACAUUUGUGAAUAUACAAUGUUGCUUUACAUUUUCUUGUA